AUGCAUUAUUUCAUCUUUUCAUUUUUAUUUUCAUUUUCGUCAGUAUUCAUCUCAGUGAGUGGUGCUCGAAUACCUCGAUUCGAUCGCGCUGUUUUCUUUGGUGAUUCACUGACAGACAACGGUAAUGUAUACAGAUUAACAAACCAAACGUGGCCAACCAGUCCUUAUUACCAAGGUCGUUUCUCGAACGGUCCUAUCUGGGUUGAUCAAGUAAAUAUAGCUAACAAAACUGAUUACGCUUACGCUGGCGGAACUACAGACAGUAAUUUGGUCCAAGGCUACACAAAAUCAAAUACUGUUCCUGUGCCUGGUGUAAGACAGCAAAUCUCAUCUUAUAUCAACGACUCGUCACAGACUACGAUUAAUUAUACUCGAACGAUUUAUCUGAUCUGGGCUGGUGGAAACGAUUUACUUUAUGAUCCAACGUUGAAUGUUACAAGUGUCGUGAAUAGUUAUUUGAAUUGUGUCAGAGAUUUAAUUGCAUUUGGCGCUCAAUAUCUGAUUAUUUUCAAUGCUCCGCCUAUUCAAAAAUUUCCAUAUUUCAGCCAACAAAAUCAAAUUGCUCUGCAAAGUGCACUAACCAAUGCCAUCAAUACGGCUCUAUCUACUAGCAUUGGCACUCUGCAAACUACACAUUCAAAUAUUAGCCUACAACUGUAUGAUAUCUACACAUUGAUGAUAAAAAUGACUGCCAAUCAGUCGUAUCCUUUCGCAAACACGAUUGAUCCAUGUUGGAACACGUACAGCUUAAAUAGUACGCCAAAUUCCUGCCAAGAUUCCUCGAAAUAUAUUUUUCUUGACCACUUUCACAUAACAAGCACAGCACACCAAUUGAUUGCUGAUGAAAUCAAUUUAUUAGUGUCGUAUAGUAGUGGUUCGACUAAAACUAGCGCACAUCUUCGAGUGUUUUCAGUGCUAUGUGCUUUUAUGAUGAUCUUCUGUUGA